AUGCGAACGAUGAAGUUCGAAGAUUUGCCCAAUGAAUUAAUGAUUUCUAUUUUUGAAUAUCUUUACCCAAUUGAUUUAUUUCAAAUAUUCUAUGGUUUAAAUACUCGCAUUGAUCAACUUAUCUCAAAGAAUUUAAAAGAUUGUGAAAUCGAUCUUCGAUCGAUAAGAAAACAAGUCUUCUUUACAAUUUGCACUUAUUUCGCGUCCAUCCACGAUAAAAUUGCUUCUCUGAUACUAUCCGGUAAUGAAGAAACACCGAGUCUUCCUGAACUCUUUCUGCAAAACGAUUUCGCAUUGACUGAUUUUUCUCGAUUGAAAUCCUUGACAUUGGAUUCAAUAAAUUCCUUUACAAGUCUCCAAUCACUUCUAUCACAAUGUCAAUCUCUUUCGAACCUUCAAAUCUCCAAUUGCAAAAAACUUCACGAAGAAGAACAAGUCUUAUCAAUCUUGGAAUCUGUUUGGAAUCUUCCAGAUUUGAAAAAUUUUCAUCUAAAAGACUGUUUGCAUUUUGGAAAGAUGUUCAAAUAUAUAAAGAACGUUUCAUCAUCAAUUGAAAGUUUACUUUUUGGCGAUGUUGUUCAACUUGAUUUCGAUGGGUUUAUCAAUUUAGUUCAUCACACAGUUAAACUUCAACACAUUUGUAUGACUAUGGAAAGUAGUCAUUCGUAUUUACGAACAACGGAGCUAUUUUCCUUGAUAAUCUCAUUAAAACUUGUUCACAAAGGUAUUCGAUAUGGAUUAAUCAACUUCUUGAAAGCAUUUCCAACUCUAACUGACUUAUCUGUCGAAACAGAGGGAACGUUUAUAGAUGGAUAUACAUGGGAAGAUUUAAUUCGUCAUUCGUUACUCAAUUUAGAAAGAUUUCAAUUCCAAAUGAAUGCUUUGCUUGUACGUGUUGAUGGUGUUGAUGUCGAACAAAGAAUUGAUGAGUUGUUAAAUACUUUUCGCAGUCCGUUUUGGAUCGAAGAACGUCAAUGGUUUGUUCGAUGUAAUUGGACACAAUCUUCUGAUCAGAUUCAAACAACUUUUUAUAGUUUACCUCACAGUUUUGAAAAAUUCAUCGCGUAUGAAAAAUCGAAGUCGACUUGUUUUAAUCGAAACGCGUUUUAUUCAUAUGAUCAGGUGAAGAUAUUGACAUACAAUGAUUCAAUCAAUGGAUUAUUUUCUCUUCCGAAUAAUUCUCAAGUUUGUUUUUCGAAAAUCCAACAAUUAACAGUUGAAUGUCCGUUUAAGGAACAUAUCUGGUCGUUUAUUCCAACGUGGAAUACGUUAAAAUCACUUCAUGUAAUAUUUCAGAACAAAGUCAAUUCUAUUCUUUUGCAAUCGAUAUUAGACAAAUCACCAAAUCUUUAUUCGUUGUCUAUUCAAUCGAAAUUUCCUUUGGAAAAUGCAUUUUUUCAAUUCCAAAGUGAAUCGAUUCAUCGACUGGAUUUGACAAAAGUUGUUCAUCUAUCAAAUCGAAAUAUUUCCUUAUUCGAUUAUGAAUCAUUGAUCAAUUCACCCAUUGGACGACAAUGCCAAGUUCUUUUGAUUAAUAUCAGAAGAAAAGAUGAAAUUCUUAAUCUUACUGAAAACAUGACCAAUCUUCGAGCAUUCAUCGGCGUCAGAGAGGGACAGAUGAGAUCGUCAUCAAUAGGCGAAGAGAAACUUUAUCAAUGGCUGGAAGAGUCCUUGCCUUCAUCAGCUUCUAUCAAUAUUAGUUCAACUUAUGUUUGUUUAUGGAGAUGA